AUGCCGGAUAUGAAGUACAUUUUAGUUACUGGCGGCGUCAUUAGCGGUGUCGGAAAAGGUGUUAUUGCAAGUUCCUUCGGAACAAUUUUAAAAAGCUGCGGUAUUGAUGUUACUUCUAUAAAAAUUGAUCCCUAUAUAAAUAUAGACGCUGGUACUUUCUCUCCAUACGAACAUGGUGAAGUUUACGUGCUUGAUGACGGUGGCGAAGUAGACCUCGAUCUUGGCAACUAUGAACGCUUUUUAGAUAUCACGUUGCAUCGAGAUAAUAAUAUCACCACAGGAAAGAUUUAUCAGCAGGUCAUUGAAAGAGAAAGGCGUGGAGAUUAUCUCGGAAAAACAGUACAGGUUAUACCCCAUAUAACGGAUGCUAUACAAGAAUGGGUGCAAAGGGUUGCACAUAUUCCUGUGACACCGGAGAACACACCACCAAAGGUGUGCAUUGUGGAAUUAGGAGGAACCAUUGGGGAUAUAGAAGGAAUGUCUUUUGUAGAAGCUUUUAGGCAGUUCCAGUUUAGAGUAAAGAGGGAGAAUUUCUGCUGUGCUCAUGUCUCAUUAGUUCCAAUGCCAAAAUCAACAGGUGAACCUAAAACUAAGCCUACACAGUCAUCAGUUCGAGAAUUGCGAGGCCUUGGUUUAUCCCCAGACUUGAUCUUGUGCCGUUCAGAAAAACCAAUAGGUCAUACAGUUAAAGAAAAGGUCUCAAACUUUUGUCAUGUUGGACCCGAACAGGUUAUUUGCAUUCAUGACCUGAGCUCAGUUUACCAUGUACCCCUACUCAUGGAAGCGCAGGGUGUCGUACAGUAUUUGAAUGAAAGGCUCCAGUUGAAAAUGUCUGUACCCCGACCUGGAAGAUUUAUGCAGAAAUGGCGUAACUUAGCAAAGAGAGUAGAAAAUUUGCGCAAAGAAGUGAACAUAACACUAGUUGGAAAGUACACAAAAUUGGAAGACAGCUAUGCAAGUGUCACGAAGGCUCUUCAACACGCUUGCAUCGCUGCCGGUUAUAAGCUCAACUUGACGUAUGUGGAAGCAGUUUCUUUGGAGAGGCAGACGAAGAUUGACGACCCAGUGAGCUAUCAUAAAGCUUGGCAGGACCUUUGUAAAUGCGAUGGCGUAAUAGUCCCGGGUGGGUUCGGCCAAAGAGGAAUGGAGGGUAAAAUCGAAGCAUGUCAGUGGUGCCGAGAAACACAGAAACCUAUGCUGGGCAUCUGCCUGGGCUUGCAGGCCGCAGUCAUAGAGUUCGCAAGGAAUGUUCUGGGACUGAAAGGCGCAAACAGUACCGAGGUGAACCCGCAAUGCGAGGACAAGCUAGUCAUAGAUAUGCCUGAGUAUCAUCCCGGUAUUCUCGGCGGGACAAUGAGAUUAGGAAAACGCAAAACCUACUUAGAACCCGGUUUGGUAUCUCAAUUAUAUAAAAAAGAUGUAAUAGAGGAACGUCAUAGGCAUCGCUAUGAAGUAAACCCGCAAUACAUUGAGCAGCUGGAAGCGGCAGGUCUGCAUUUUGUUGGCAAAGACGAGAGCAAAACGCGAAUGGAAGUCGCCGUAAUUGAAGAACACCCCUACUAUGUAACUGUUCAGUUCCAUCCGGAGUACCUCUCAAGGCCGUUGUCACCAAGUCCUCUAUUCCUAGGGUUAAUACUCGCAUCUCUCGGAAAAUUGAAGAGCUACAUGUCUAAAGGAUGCCGUCUUAGUCCCAGAAACCAAUCAGAUGUUAGUUCUGAUGAGGAAGAACUCUCCGUAUCAUCUCUUAGUUUAAUAGAAGAGAAAACAGUUAUUGAAAAUGGAAAACAUGAUGAAGAACUUACGAUUAAUGAAGAUCAAAACACAGAACAGGGCCCUAUAGAUCAAAAUAUUAGAAGCCAAGAACAACAGGAAUUAAAUUCAAAUGAACAACAGGGUUCAACAGCAAGACCAAUAUUGCAUAGAAGAAGACAAAAUAAUCCACCUGAACUUAUAGAAGCGAAAAAACGAAUGGAUGAAGCAUAUAGUUUUAUGAAGCAACAUUCCCAGCUGCAGCUAAAGGAUGAAGAUGAUGAAUGCUCUACCUUUGGGGUACUUGUGGCUAGAAAGCUACGAAAACUUUCUGAACAACGCCGAGACAUCAUGAUGGCAAAAAUACAUGAGCUAUUUGUCGAUGAACACGUCUACAACUUCAAUUUGCCUAAUUAUUCUUCCAGUCGCCCAAAUUCUGCUGCAACAAUGCUAUCAUACACACCAUCACCACCCCAAAUCAAUAUCGCAUCUCCGUCAGCGGUUGCAAGUUCGCCAAAGGUUGCAUAUCCGACAGAUGUGGCAUCUCUGAAUUCUGCUACCAGUCAACCUAAUUCUGAUGCAACAAUGUUAUCGUAUACACCAUCACCACCGCAAAGCAAUAUCGCAUCUCCUCCACAGGUUGCAUUUCCGACAGAAGUGGAAUAUCUUAAUUGUGUUAACAGUUAUCCAAAUUCUACAAAGGUUUUGUAUACGUCAUCUUCACCGCAAAUGGAUGCUCCUUCUCCUGCAUAUCAUGUUGAAUACUCAGAAUACUCUAAUGAUACUCCUUUGAAUCUACCGAAUCCUACUUCUAGAAUGGUGUCGUAUACACCAUCACCAUCGCAAAUACCUCGAGGGAAAAAUAAUUAA